CGUUCUUCGGGCAUGUACGAUGAUUUCCGUGGCUCAUCGGUUCACAAGAAGUAAACAUAUUCACAGUCCUAUUCUGUGCAUAUUUGUGAAAGGUGUCCUUUAGCUCAUGCAUAGUAACAUUUUUUCUCGAUUAAAUGCGAAAAAUUAACAACACGAGAAAUAAUGGCCAAAAUUAGUGCAUUUAUUAUUCUAAUUAUGUGAUAUUAUUGUCGUAUAUAUAUCUAUAUAUAUCUGAUUCAUCGGCUCUUCAUGCUCCUCAUCGACAGUUAGCCGAUUGACUUUUCUAUUGCUAGAAACAAAUGCAUGUGUAUCUAAUCCAGUAAUAACUAAACAGCAAUCUGAAACACGUGCGGUCAAAUAAGUGAUAAGUCGAAAGUGAAAUUUUGAUACGUACGAAGAAGAAUGGACACGAGAAGAAAAUAAGUAUGUGGAAAGAUUUUUUUUAAGCCGCGGCCUCUUUCAAGGUAGUAACCAAUGAUGGUGAGUUUUUACCAAACUGAACCGAUACAGAAUCCAGUGAUGGCGCCGAAUUUGGAAACAAUGAAACCGGUGAAGAACCUAGUAUGUAGCCCGGAUCUUUCAGUCUUCGGUUCGGCAACGUGUACCACGGCUGCUGCUUCUGCCGUAACCGAAUUCGUGGAAAAUCUUACAAAUAGCAACGACAAUAAGGCCUACCAAUGCUCGGUCUGCCAAAAAAUUUUUGAUCAAAAAAAUUUAUAUCUGUGUCACUUACGCAUACACAGUAAGGAGGGAGAAGAUCCUUAUCAGUGUGACAAAUGUGACAAAACGUUUGCGGUACCGGCGCGUUUGACCAGACAUUACAGGACUCACACGGGUGAAAAACCCUUUCAGUGCGAUUUUUGCAACAAGUCAUUCUCCGUGAAGGAAAAUCUUAGCGUUCAUCGGAGGAUUCAUACAAAGGAACGACCAUACAAGUGCGACGUUUGUCAACGUGCCUUCGAGCACAGCGGCAAACUCCAUCGUCAUAUGCGAAUUCACACAGGAGAACGUCCACACAAAUGUACUGUUUGCGAUAAAACGUUCAUACAAAGUGGUCAAUUGGUAAUACACAUGCGUACACAUACCGGCGAAAAACCAUACGUAUGUACGAUCUGUAGCAAGGGAUUUACCUGUUCAAAGCAACUAAAAGUGCAUACUCGCACCCAUACCGGGGAAAAGCCUUAUACUUGCGAUAUAUGUGGCAAGUCAUUCGGAUAUAAUCAUGUAUUGAAGCUCCAUCAAGUAGCACAUUAUGGUGAAAAAGUCUAUAAGUGCACGCUAUGUUACGAAACAUUUAGUUCGAAAAAAAAUAUGGAAGUUCACAUAAAAUCACACUCGGACUCAUCCUCAUCAUCCUCCUCAUCCUCAUCCUCCUCAUCCUCAUCCUCAUCCUCAUCCUCAUCCUCAUCCUCAUCCUCAUGUUCAUCAGCUCAAUUAUCUCCUCCUUUGUUAUCAUCAUCUUCAUCAUCAUCAUCAUUAUCAUCAUUAUCAUCAUCAUCGUCGUCGUCGUCGUCGUCGUCGUCGUCAUCUUCCUUAUCUUCGUCAUCUUCGUUUUCGUCUUUAUCCUCGGUAUCGAGCGGAAUCUCUUCCGCUAGAGACUCACCGAUCGAAUCAAUCAUGGAAUGUUCGGAAAACAAUUCUGUUAUUCUUCCUAACCUACCACCCACGCCUCCUAUUAUUCCUAACAGAAGCAAUAAGGAAUUUCUGUGCAAAAACGUAGAAAACAUAGCAAGUAAUUCGCGUGAAGUAUAUCCGAAUCAACAACAUUUAUAUUACGGUUUAACAAGUAAACAAUAUUCAGAUUCGAUGGCUUUAUUGAAUGGAGGAAUUCUCGAAGAAAGAGCAACGAUUCAUCAGAUUCAAACAAGCAACGAACAAAAAACGGUUCAUCAGAUUCAAACAAACCAUGAACAUCAGUCCCAUGUCCUCCUUUAUUCCGACAUAUCCUUAAGUCCUUACCCAAUAACCGAGUUCUUAUUACCAAGCUCAGAAAGUGAACUUGUUGGUAAUAAAUGUUCAUCCCUAAUGCAUUUACCCGGAAACGUUGCACGUAGAAGAGUUGAGGCAGCUUUGGAGGCUGUUGAAGAAGAAAGUCAACGGGAAUAUGGAAUGAAUGUGAAAAAAGAAGAACAAAUAUUAACACCUCCAAGUAGCAACCCUGUCAGUCCAGUACCCUCACCGGAUCCUCUCGAUCUUGCUAUACCCGUAAAGGAAACAUUAAUUUUACCGCCAAGGAAACGUUGCAAAAUGAUUCUUGAAUCAAUGGAAAGUGAGAGAAGCGCGAAUCUUCUUUGCUCACAAAGACAGUAUUCGGUUAUUCAAUUUGCAGAUGCCGCCGUCAGUUAAUUUUAUGUAACAACGAAAGUAAUAUUAUAAAUAAAAAAUGAAAUUAUUGAAAAUGAAACUAAUGAAAAUGAAAUAAAAUAGAACAAAAGACAAAUAAACAAACAAACGAAAAUAAAGUAAAACCGAUAGAAUUUAAUCUCGCAAAAAACUUAGAGAACAACAGAGCAUCGUCUUCUAAAAAGACUUUCGGUGAUAUUAUUCCAUAUGGACUCUUCUAAGUGUGUGUAAUAUGAACUCUCAAAAUACGAACAUCUAAACAAAAAUAAUGCAGGUUUUUCGGUAAUCAUAGUUAAUCCUUCGUCAGACAAAUUGCCUUCCUUUAAACACGUACAGAGUACAAAAAAAAAAAUGCAGAGGUACGAAUUAUUACGAUAUGGCACUGAUAUUUGUGAAUGCGUGUGUGCGUAUAUGUGUGAAAAGAAAAUUCGAUACGAUCGUUUAGAGCUGUAUAAUAUUUUAAAUAGAUGCAUGUGCGUCAAUUUUGAUAAUUAUCCGAAAGUAUCGAAAUUUGCUAUAAUAUUAAAUAUAUGCAUGUAUCAUGUAUAUAUACAUACACAUGAGAUAAUAUUUCGUCAAUUUAUUUUUUUUUUUUUUUAAAUAUAAAAUAAGCGGUUAACAGUACUCAAUAC